AUGUUUCGUACGAAGAAGAAGGUCUUCAAGGUGGUGGACGACAUCUCUGUGAUGACUGGGAUCUGCAGUAACUUCUGCUACGGCGGUAGGAGACGGAGCCGUUAUAUCAGCGCCGACGACGGCCAGACUCGAGUUCAGCAGGGCCAGACCCGAGUUCAGCAGGGCCACAACAGGCCAACACCAAGCUGGGCAGCCGCUGCACCAAGUCAACCCAAGGGAUUGCAUCCGGGCGGAACCUCCAUUACCGAACCCAAACUGCAGAUUUGCAUCCGGGCCGAAUCUCCAUUGCCGAACAGAACCGUCCACUACGGGGGCCGAACAGAAGCGCCGCAGACGGGCCACCACAUCACAUCGGGGCUGAAGGCCGAACCGAAAGUGACCAACCUCAAUCGGGACGAGCGUAUCCCCAUUCGGUAUGUCGGAAUCUACGAAUGGAGAACUGCCCAAAACCUUUCACAGGCAACCCGAUCUCGACAAAUAAGCAGGGUGCCGACCUCGGUGAACAUCUAG